AUGACAAGCCCGACAGGCCCAACUCAAUCGCGCGUCCCAAAAGCCUGCGAUCCCUGUAAUCGCCGCAAAGUCCGCUGCAACGGGCAACAAAGAUGUCAGCAAUGCCUGCACCUGGAUCUCCUCUGCACCUACACCGAGAACCGGCUCUCGCGCUCCAGGAAACACUCUCUACGGCGCGGAGCAGUCAUCUCCAAAUACAAGAACUCAAGCAACAACGACACCAUCUCCAAAACCACACUGACACCACUGCUCUCACCACCACUGGCACCUAAACCCUCACCCUCAUCACUCAGUCGCUCAUCCACAUACUUUGAAAGUCUGCUGCCAGACUACAUGUCCUACGUAUACCCAUUCAGCCCGAUAAUCACCGACAGCGAAGUACGGCAGUCGAUACAGAAAAUGGAUACCGAGAGAGAACACGCAGCUUUCAUCUACGCCUUUACGGCUGUAACACUGGAUUUAACGCGAUCGUCACAUUCAAACUGCGCGAAACCAGCAUCAGGACCAACCUCAGCACCAAAUUCAACGCAAAUAACCGACCUAAUGCGCCAAUCGGUCGAAUCCCAACAACCACUCGUAAUCGGCUGUCGACCAUCCAUUCUCCGCGCAACAACCAGUAUCUUCAUACAGAUGUGCGCAAUGAGUCUAGGCCACUACGAUCUAGGCUUCUUCUACCUGCGCGAAGCAAUAAGCAUGAUCCACAUGCUACGGAUAAGCGACAAGACCGCACAAAGCGCUCUUAGUCGCCCCGAGCGCGCCAGACGGCAGCGUCUAUACUGGCAAUGCUUCAUCCACGAGCGAUUCAUGUCAAUUGUGUAUUUCACGCCUGUCACGCUACCUCCGCAUUCGCAGUACCCGGAAGAAGACGAGACCGUGGAAGCGGGCAUCCAGCAGGGAUGGACGCAGGUGAUUAAGACGUUUUGUAUGCUUGAUGCGGCGUUUAUUAGUCUUUGGAUUGGGGAUAGGUCGCAGGUGAGCGCGGAGUGGGUGGAGGGGAAACAUAAGGAGUUGGAUGAUGGGGUUUGGGAGGUGGAGGUUUCGGCGUUGUCGGAGUUGCAGCAGGCGGAUUUGGUGGUUACGAGGCAGUGGAUGAGGACUUUGUUGUGGCAGAUGGCUAUGUCGAAUUGUUUGCUUAGUUCGCAUGCGUCUUGUCCUUCGUUGGAGUUGGAGAUGCCGUUGAGGUUGUCGGUGCAGUUGAGGAGGUUUUUGACGAAGAUUUCGCAGAAUGUGAUUCGUGUCCAUGGCUCGGCUAUGAUUAGCAAGUUGUUGGAGAUUGUUAAUACGAUUGCUGAUGUGGUCAUUCAUGUGCCGCAGGCUACGGAGGAGGAGAUCAGGUGUCGCAUUGAUGAUAUUGUGUUUUUGCAGGGGAUUGUGUUGUCAUUUCAUAAUUUGCAGGUCAUGCCGAAGGAUAUUCUGUUGGAUAAGUUUCGGUUGAUUCGGGGCAGGUUUCCGCAUAUUGAGGUAGCCAUGCAGUUGGCUAUUUAG